UUUGCGCUCUCUCUCUCUCUCUCUCUGCUUAUAUGGGUACGAACACUCAUCUUCCAUUUGCAAACCACAUAAAUGAAUUAAAUUUUAUUCAUUCUCCGUUUUUUUUUUCCUGAACUUGUAGCUUGUCUUUCGUUAUUGGCUAUGGAAAUGCCAACUUUUGAGCUUUCUCAUAAAAAGAGUUAAAUUCUCUACACUAACUUUUGCCCCCACGAGCCCUAAACCUCAAACCCACCAAGCUUUUAAAUUGGAAACUUUUCACUCCAAUUUGAUGAAUAUUCUGUUUGUUUCAUUGGUUUUGGCUAUGGCAGUGAUAUGCCUAAUAUUUAAGGAAAGAUCAAUUCUUUAUGGCUUGCACUUGAUUUUGCUGUUGCAGUUUUGUCAAGCUCGAAUCUGCACUAUGAUGGUGAUAGUUAUAUUUUAGUUACAGUGACACAAUGCGGUAGCUUUAGCCUUUAGCAAUGGUUUCCUCAUGUAAUGUUGGGGUUUAUCCUAAUUUUUACAAUUUAUGAAUAAACUAAUGAGUUGAGAUAGGAAGCAGCACAAAAUGAACCAAAUUCUACAACCAAAAUGUUUUGUUUGAUAACCUGCUUUUGUCUCAUUCGUCUGCCAUCCUAAUUGUAUCCUGAUUCAAUAGGUAAGGCUUUUUGAGGGUCAUGGCUCUACUGCAACGAAUUAUUCCAUCUUUGUUUUUCAGGCCAGUCAAGAGUUCUGGCUAUUCAUCUUUAUGCAGUCCUUGGUUUGCUGUAAUUCGAUUCCUUCAUAAUGGUACCAAACCAGAAAGUGAUAUAGUUGUAAAUGCCAUAUGUGAUUCCUUGAGGAGAGGCUAUAACUGGGACACUCUGAGCAGAAACUUUGAUUAUGUUGAGGUCAAUCAUUUUCUUGUUGAAAAUGUGUUGCUGGAAUUGAAGGAACCGACUGAUGCAAAAAGGGCUCUGGGUUUCUUCCACUGGUCCGCUCAGAGGAAGGACUUUGCACAUGAGGUAAAUUCUUAUUGUCUUAUGGUUAAUAUAUUAGUACGAGCCCAAUUGAUCAAGGAUGCCCAAGCAUUGCUUGAGUCAGUUUUGAAGAAAACUAUUGGAGAUUCUUCAAAAUUUUUAGUUGUGGAUUCCCUGCUUAGUAGCUAUAGGAUUGCUAUCUCUAGUCCGGUGGUAUUUAACUUACUGGUUCAGGCUUAUGCUAAAUUGAGACUAUUUGAGAUUGGUUUUGAGGUUUGCUGCUAUUUGGAAGAACAUGGAUUCACUUUGAGCCUAACAAGUUUCAACAUUUUGAUUCAUGUUGUUCAAAAAUCUGAUAAUACCUCCCUUGUCUGGAAGAUUUAUGAGCAUAUGAUUCAGAAAAGAAUUUAUCCGAAUGAAGCGACAAUAAAAACCAUGAUCAAUGCUUUAUGCAAGGAAGGGAAGUUACAGACAAUCGUGGGCAUAUUGGAUAAGAUUCAUGGAAAGAGAUGCUCUCCUUCAGUGAUUGUUAAUGCCUAUCUGGUGUUUAAGAUUUUAGAGGAGGGAAGAACUGAAAUUGGUAUGGCUUUGUUGAAGGGCAUUUUACAAAAGAAUAUGAUUCUUGAUACCAUCGCGUACUCUUUUGUUGUUUAUGCUAAAGUUAGGUUUGGAAAUAUGGACUCAGCAAUGGAGAUCUACGAGGAAAUGCUUAGGCGAGGUUUUAAUGCAAAUUCUUUUCUGUAUACUUCAUUUAUAGAGUCUUAUUGUGAUGGAGGAAAAAUUGAAGAAGCAAACCGGUUGUUUGAAGAUAUGGAAAAUAUGGAUUUGAAGCCAUAUGCUGAGACUUUUAACUUUCUCGUUGAGGGCUGUGCCAAGGCAGGAAGAGUGGAAGAAAGUUUGAGUUACUGUAAGAAGAUGAUCGAGAGAGGACUCAUCCCUAGCCUUGUGGCUUUUAAUAUAAUGGUGGCAAAGCUAUGUGAAACUGGGCAAGUGAAGCAAGCGGAUGAGUUGCUAACUCAUAUUUUAGAUAGUGGGUUCAUAGCCAACGAGGUGACAUACUCGCAUCUUAUUAAUGGUUAUGGGAGAGACAAUCAGAUUCAAGAAGUUCUCAAACUCUACUAUGAAAUGGAGUAUCGAGCACUUUGUCCUGGAUUACUUGCUUUCACUUCCUUGAUUAGGAGCCUUUGUCAUUGUGGAAAAGUAGAGCAAGCAGAAAAGUAUUUAAGAAUUAUGAAAGGUCAUUCACUAAACCCAAAUGAGGAGAUUUAUGAGGCACUGAUCACUGGCCACUUUAAGAAGGGGGAUAAAACAAGCGCAGUUCAACUUUACAAUGAAAUGAUUUCUAAAGGAUUGAAACCUUGUUGCAUAUAUGAUUUUGUUCCUAGUUCAUAAACAUAAAAGUUCAAGGUGGCAAAUUGAAAGCAAGCUUUUAGAAAUGAAGUUCCAAUGUAUCAACUAGGUUAUGUUUAUUUGAAUUUUGAACAAGUUGCACAUGGUAGGCUAGUCCUUUACAUGCCUGGUUCCAAGUCAGCAGGUCGUCAAAAUCAAGUUGGAUGAUUACAAUCUCAAAGAAGGAUGGGAAACUGACACAAGCUAGCAGAAAAAAAAACAGAAAGAACAAAGCUAACUGUCUACAAUAGGAAAAAACACUGAAAUCAGCAACCUAUAUUAAUGCUUGCAUAUAAGAAACAAAAGCUGGAAAAUGAGUUAACAAGCAUUACUUACGAGUCAUAAUUUUGGUAGAAUUUCAGAGAACAUUUAGUUUUACAAUCAGAAGGUAAUAAGCAUUUGUCAUCUAGUUGUUGGGAGAAGGACUUGACUCCUGGAUGGAUAUGCUGUGAAUUUGUGGAGAUCAUAAGUUGGCUUUGGACUGAAAAGCAAGGAUUUUUUGACUUCUUUGUGCAACUUUUCCUAGAGCCUUCCAUCAAUGGGCACUUCUGGGUACCACUAAAGUUUGGAACAAUUGAAACAUAUUACUGCAAAUUGGUUAUCUGUGAGCAUCUAAGCAGAAGCAGCCAAUUGGAGUGGACAAUGAGGUGAAAAAUAUGUGUUGGAACUAAUGUUUUAGAAAGGACUCAAAAGAGGAGGUAAACCAUUUGGCUAGUUUUGAUGUAUUUAGGACUUCCACCGAGUAUACAUUGACGUAAAUUUGUACUUCUAAAGACGGUUGCUUAUGCUUUGGGCCAGGGUAUGGAAAAUAGCUUUUACUGGUGUCCAGCUACAAGUUUUGAUGUUUGUUUCAAGCAAUUGAAGUCAUUUGUGGCUAACUGCUGGUUUUUUUUUUUUUAAAAAAAUUUCCCUUGACAAUAUUAUUGCAAGGAAUGUAAAUAUUACACUGUUGGGAUAGUAUAAUUAUUGCAUAUUAGCUAUAAGGGUUAUUGACACUGUAAUUGGACUCUUGAUUCUUGAUUAUGUAAUCAUUUCAUUAUAAUUCGUAUUCUUCCCCUUGUGGGCUGUAAUGCCCGUUGAUUGGCUUUAUAAUGGAGUGUAACGCCUUUGAUGAGCUUGAAA